GGCAUCACAUGAAUUGACUGUCAACAUGCAAGAUGGCCACGCAUCACAGGCAAAAUGCUGCUGGGCGGAGAAAAGUACAGGUGUCCUAUGUCAUUAGAGAUGAGGUGGAGAAGUACAACCGAAAUGGGGUGAAUGCACUCCAGCUGGACCCUGCGCUGAACCGGCUCUUCACUGCUGGAAGAGACUCUAUCAUCCGGAUAUGGAGUGUCUACCAGCAUAAACAGGACCCAUACAUUGCCUCGAUGGAGCAUCACACAGACUGGGUUAAUGACAUAGUUCUCUGUUGCAAUGGCAAAACAUUGAUAUCCGCCUCAUCAGACACCACAGUCAAAGUAUGGAAUGCGCAUAAAGGCUUCUGUAUGUCAACGUUACGAACGCACAAGGACUAUGUGAAAGCUCUGGCCUACGCUAAGGACAAGGAGCUUGUGGCAUCAGCAGGUCUGGAUCGGCAGAUCUUUCUUUGGGAUGUGAACACACUAACAGCACUCACUGCUUCCAACAACACUGUCACCACCUCAUCUCUCAGUGGGAACAAGGACUCUAUCUACAGUCUGGCUAUGAACCAGAUGGGCACAGUCAUUGUAUCUGGAUCCACAGAAAAGGUUCUGAGAGUUUGGGAUCCUCGAACAUGUGCAAAACUGAUGAAGCUAAAAGGCCACACAGACAACGUCAAGUCGUUGCUGCUGAAUCGAGAUGGCACUCAAUGCCUGUCGGGCAGUUCAGAUGGCACUAUCCGCUUGUGGUCACUCGGCCAGCAGAGGUGCAUCGCCACCUACCGGGUGCACGAUGAAGGGGUCUGGGCCCUGCAGGUUAAUGAGGCCUUUACACACGUCUACUCUGGAGGCAGAGACAAAAAGAUCUACUGCACUGACCUACGUAACCCAGACAUCCGUGUGCUCAUCUGUGAGGAGAAGGCUCCGGUGCUCAAAAUGGAGCUGGACAGAUCUGCUGACCCACCUCCAGCAAUCUGGGUCUCCACCACCAAGUCAUCCGUUAAUAAAUGGUCUCUAAAGGGAAUGCACAACUUCCGGUCAUCAGGGGAGUAUGACAAUGACUGCACUACCCCUCUGACACCACUGUGCACUCAGCCAGAACAAGUCAUCAAGGGAGGUGCCAGUAUCAUACAGUGCCACAUUCUGAAUGACAAGAGACACAUACUCACCAAAGAUACCAACAACAAUGUGGCUUUCUGGGAUGUCCUGAAGGCUUGCAAGGGUGAAGACUUGGGGAAAGUGGAGUUCGAUGAAGAGAUUAAAAAGCGCUUCAAAAUGGUCUAUGUGCCAAACUGGUUCUCUGUUGAUCUGAAAACUGGGAUGCUCACUAUCACAUUAGAUGAGAGCGACUGCUUCGCGGCCUGGGUGUCUGCAAAGGAUGCUGGGUUUUCAAGUUCUGAUGGAUCCGACCCAAAGUUGAACCUGGGUGGACUGCUGCUUCAGGCUCUGUUGGAGUUCUGGCCCAGAACUCGCAUCAACCCCAUGGACGAGGAAGAGAACGAGGUGAACCACGUGAAUGGAGAGCAGGAGAACAGGGUCCAGAAAGGAAAUGGAUAUUUCCAAGUGCCACCACACACGCCAGUCAUCUUUGGGGAAGCCGGAGGCAGAACUCUAUUUAGGUUGCUAUGUAGGGAUUCAGGUGGAGAGACUGAAUCGAUGCUGCUGAACGAGACGGUUCCACAGUGGGUUAUUGAUAUAACUGUAGAUAAAAAUAUGCCCAAGUUCAACAAAAUCCCGUUCUACCUCCAGCCCCAUUCUUCCUCUGGUGCAAAAACUCUAAAGAAGGACCGUCUCUCGGCCAGUGACAUGCUCCAGGUGAGGAAGGUGAUGGAGCACGUUUAUGAGAAGAUCAUCAACCUGGACAACGAGUCACAGACCACCAGCUCCUCAACCAACGAUAAGCCGGGGGAGCAGGAGAAGGAGGAGGACAUGGCAAUGCUAGCCGAGGAGAAGAUCGAACUAAUGUGUCAAGACCAGGUGCUAGAUCCCAACAUGGACCUGCGAACAGUUAAACAUUUUAUCUGGAAGAGCGGAGGGGACUUGACGCUUCACUAUAGGCAGAAGUCCACGUGAAAAUCCUAAUUUUUAAAACAAGAACUCUUUGUCAUUUGCCAAUCACCACCCACCUCUGACAUGUAGUACCCUAAACCCUAUUGUGUGGUCAGGAGUCACGGUAUCAAUGAGAAUCCAGUAAAAUUUGUGAGGACUCAUGGUGUAUCAUAGGGAACAGGCCGGAGCAGCCAGGACACCUGGGAGAGAAGUGGUCCGUAGUUUCUUCUGUUGUUGUUUUCGGUUUGAAGAAAGGACUUUGUUUCUCCAGCGCUCACCAAUUUCUUUUUCUUUUGACUGCUGUUUGUUCUUUCCUUCUGAUUUGGCGUUUUUAUUUUGAAGCGACUGAAGUUACAGUACUUGUGUCUGAGCGUGUGUGUGUAUAUGCACAUGGAUGUAGUAGACUUGUUUGUUCGUUCUAGUACAUUCCAGAAACGGUCUUUGUUCUACAAACACUUCACACCCGUCUCAGCAGUUUAGGAGUGCACUUGGACUCUGGGUGGCGUCAGCAGUCCCUCAAAGCAAUCCUCCUCUGUUCUUCUGUCAUCUUAACUUGAACUUAACCUUAACUUAGACACGGAAUUAUUGCAGAGCCUGAACCUCAUUGACAGAAGCGCUUGUCUUUGUCAAUUAUUUUAGCUGUUCUCAAUGGACUGAAUGUUUUUUUUUUUUUUUUUUUAAAUAUACGUACAUUUUUGAUUUAAGUGAUUGUUUUCUUUUGGUUUUGCAGCUGUUUUUAUUUUGUUGUUGUACAGUUUACUUAAAACCAACAGUUAUUUUUUUCCAAAUCCCUGGAGCACAUUCAUGAAGGUAAUUUGACUUGAUGUUAAAAAUGACAUUUGUUGCAUUUUACUCUUUAAGAAUGCUAGUAGUUAUCCAAGUCAUCUUAGCAAUCGGGAAAUUAUAUAUAAAGGUAUAUAUCUUUAAUAACUCAUGCUUGCCACUCUGCGCUUGGGUCAUGAGCAGUGACUUUGAUGACAGUGAGGGCUGUUCCUAAUGUAUAUUUCAUUUAGAUUUAAUAGGAGUUCAAUCAAACAAGAAUAUAACUUGAAGGGGAAUCUCAUUCAAGAGAAUAUGACUUUUCAACCACUGUGGGGAAUUUACCUAACUAAAAUAAAUAGUAAUACCCAUUUCUCUCUUUGUGUCACCAAGCAGAACAACCGAUCUUUUCAGUGUAAAUUUUCUAAAGUUAAUUUUGCCAUCAAAGAGUGUGUGUAACGCCAUAGUGGGAACGCAUCGAGUGAGCUCUAACUGGCCAAGAACAUGACGGGUACCAUAAUUAGACACUGCAACACCCCUCCUUGUAAUAAUUUGUGAAAUAUGUAUAUUUUAGGCAUUCAAAUAAAUGAAUUGGAAUGGUUUAACAUUGACAGAUUUAUGGGAAUUAUAAAUGGAUGUUUCUUGAGAUGUAAUGUGUUCAGCUGAUGACUGUGAAAAACAAGGGACAAUUUCUUUUCAAAUCAAGUGAUAUGAUUGUUUAACCAUCAAAGAUUCACCCAUUUCACAUUCAUCAACAAAUCCUGCACUCAUUCCUAAUAAAAUGUACAAUUAAUUGAUAAAAUA